UCGCUACUGACAGUAGCCUAGCUGUAUGCUUAUGGUAUCCUGGAAAAUACGUAUAUCGGAAUUCAGUGGGGUAUCCCGGCUUUAAUUUAUUUACGUAUAUCGGAAUUCAGUGGGGUAUCCCUGCUUUAAUUUAAAGUCCAGGAAUUUAGUUCAGCUGCUCACGUUCAACUUGAGUUUGACAAAGGAAUAACGGGUCAUUGCGAAUACAGGCGGAGUCUGCUGAAAAACUCAUUUUAGUAUGUCUUCUUUGGGCUGGGUGUGGUUUUUCAGUCACAUUGCCGUUAGCAGGAAAUCAAGCUCUGUACCACCACUUUGAGGCGAUACAAAGAAAAUAGGAAAAUACGAGCAGCCUUCUUUAGGUUGUGGGAAAAGUUUGAAAUCAAAGUUUAACUGAACUUGACGGAGGAUUUUGAGAUUGUGCGCUUUAUCUAAUGGACACAUUUUUUUGUUGACUCCAUUGUUGCUAUCAUCCAAUUCCUGACAUCAGUGACUAAGGACAGAUAACUGCGAAAAUGCCGAAGACGAUUAGUGUGCGAGUUACCACGAUGGAUGCAGAGUUGGAGUUUGCCAUCCAGCCCAACACAACGGGAAAGCAACUCUUCGACCAGGUUGUGAAGACAAUCGGACUGCGGGAGGUGUGGUUCUUCGGACUGCAGUACCAGGAUACAAAAGGUUUCUCAACAUGGCUCAAGCUUAAUAAGAAGGUGACUGCCCAGGAUGUGAGGAAGGAAAGCCCACUGCUGUUCAAGUUCCGGGGAAAGUUCUUCCCUGAGGACGUGUCAGAGGAGCUGAUCCAGGAGGCCACCCAGAGGCUGUUCUUCCUGCAGGUGAAGGAGGGGAUCCUCAAUGAUGACAUUUACUGCCCCCCGGAGACGGCUGUGCUGUUGGCCUCCUACGCCGUGCAGGCCAAGUACGCUGACUACAACAAGGACAUCCACUCGCCAGGAUACCUGUCCAGCGACAAACUGCUGCCUCAGAGAGUCCUGGACCAGCACAAGCUCAACAAGGAGCAGUGGGAGGAGAGGAUCCAGGUGUGGCAUGAGGAACACAAGGGCAUGCUCAGAGAGGACUCAAUGAUGGAGUACCUAAAGAUCGCUCAGGACCUGGAGAUGUACGGUGUCAACUACUUCAGCAUCAAGAACAAGAAAGGAUCAGAGCUAUGGUUAGGAGUGGACGCCCUGGGACUCAACAUUUACGAACAGAAUGAUAAGAUGACACCUAAAAUUGGAUUCCCAUGGAGUGAAAUCAGGAAUAUUUCCUUCAACGACAAGAAGUUUGUCAUCAAACCCAUUGACAAGAAAGCACCAGACUUUGUAUUCUAUGCUCCACGACUGCGUAUCAACAAGCGCAUCCUGGCACUCUGCAUGGGCAACCAUGAGCUGUAUAUGCGUCGCCGCAAACCAGACACCAUCGAGGUACAGCAGAUGAAGGCCCAGGCCAGAGAGGAGAAGAACCACAAGAAGAUGGAUAGGGCACUGCUGGAGAACGAAAAGAAGAAGAGAGAACUUGCUGAAAAAGAAAAGGAAAAGAUUGAAAAGGAGAAGGAGGAUCUUAUGGAGAGACUGAAACAGAUUGAGGAACAGACAAAAAAAGCUCAGCAAGAGUUGGAGGAACAGACGCGGAAGGCCCUGGAGUUGGAGCAUGAGAGGAAGCGUGCUCAGGAGGAGGCGGAGCGUCUGGAGAAGGAGCGCAGGAUGGCUGAGGAGGCCAAGACUGCCCUGCUCCAGCAGUCUGAGAACCAGAUGAAGAACCAGGAACACUUGGCCACGGAACUGGCUGAGCUGACCUCAAAGAUCUCCCUACUGGAGGACGCCAAGCAGAGGAAGGAGGAUGAGGCAACGCAGUGGCAACAGAAGGCCUGCAUGGUGCAGGAGGACCUGGAGAAGACCAAAGAGGAGCUGAAGAGCAAAAUCAUGGCGUCCCACAUACAGGAGCCUAUGCAGGCCGAGAACGAGCAUGACGAGAAUGACGAGAGCAGUGACCAGGCCAGCGCCGAGUUCACGGGCGGCAUCUCCUACAAAGACCGCAGUGAGGAGGAGCGCAUGACCGAAACCGAGAAGAACGAGCGUGUGCAGCAACACCUGCUGGCUUUGAGCUCGGAGUUGGCCAUCGCUCGGGAUGAGACCAAGAAAACCGCAAAUGACAUCAUCCACGCAGAUAAUGUGAAAGCGGGACGGGACAAGUACAAGACCCUCCGGCAGAUUCGGUCGGGCAACACCAAGCAGCGUAUAGACGAGUUUGAGUGCAUGUGAUGCAUCUUGUUUGCAACUGCUAUAGGCCCCACAGUGGUGCCAUACUUGGUCCAUUCAUUCUAGACUGCAGACACUGCCUUACACAAGCUACAGUGCCUUCUACCCAAACAAGACCAGUAUACAUAUCAAAGAGCAAAAAGAAAAUACUGCACAAUGUAUUUGAAUAAUGGUGCACAAAUUACAAUACAAGUACAAUACAAUGAAAUAAGUGCAUCAGUUAAUAAGGGAGAUAUUUAAUAGAAGAACAGUUUAAAGUGGAUAAGAUUUGAUCAUUUGGAUUAUAGAUGGAGGAGGAUGUUGUAUUGAUGAUCAUUUACAAGUUAUUUUUAAUUGAUUCAUUCCUCACACUGUUUUAAACUGAAAACGAACAAAACAACAACUCGAUGCAGGACAGCUGCAAUUUGAAUUACAAUAUGGUUGGUCACUAUUUAGGUGUCAUUGUUUCAGAGCAGGUUUGUUUGUUUUGAGGUGGACCGUUAAGCAUUUUCAACAAAUGAAGAGAACAUCAAACUGUAUUUAAAUGUGCAUUUUUUUAUUCUAAUUUUAAGCAUUUAAAUAGAUGGUUGUCUUUCUAAGAGAAGGACAUCUUUGUUCGGAAACUCUCAGCAGUAUUACUUUUACAUAAGAUUUGAUUAAGUCCAUAUGAAAUAAGCGCUGGAAUACCACAUUUUCCUUUUUCAGAGAGAGACAUACAGGACCUCUGAAUGACUCUUUACAGACCAAGUGUAUCUGCUAUGACAUAUAGCCAUGCACACUAGUAUUUGCCAUGAUUAGGAGUUUCUUUUUGUAUAUCAAUCUUUUGCAAAAUCUUGUAUUAUAUGGCAUUUGAAGCAAUAUGAUUCUAAGGCCUGCCGUGAAAGAUUUAUUUUGUCAUUUGGAUUUUUCAAUAAAACAAGUUAUGUGUAAAAAGAUGGAUGUCUUACGAAUUGUAUGUGUCCCUCUAGCCUUUUGUCAAUAAAUUAUAUGAAUGACUGGAAGCCACCAGCCAGAAUUAAAACAA